AUGGGAAACGCCGGGAGCACACAUAAGAUUUCUGCGCAGGAUAAGGCUAUACUUGAUCUGAAGAAUCAGCGUGAUAAACUGCAUCAAUACCAAAGACGGAUAACGGUUCUUACCGAUCGUGAGACGGAGAUAGCCAAACAAUGCCUUGCACGGAAUGACCGCCCUCGGGCACUAUUAGCGCUACGGCGAAAGAAAUACCAACAGUCGCUUCUGGAGAAGACUGAUGCGCAGCUUGAACAGCUGGAGAAGCUUACCGGCAGUGUGGAGUUUGCCCUAGUGCAAAAAGAUAUCUUAUUUGGCUUGAGCCAAGGCAACAAAGUUCUACAGGCCAUCCAUCGCGAAAUGGGAGGUUUAGAAGGCGUUGAGAAACUUAUGGGUGAAACGGAAGAGGCUAGAGCUUAUCAGGAGGAAAUAACCCAACUACUCAAGGGCCAGAUCUCCAACCAGGACGAGGAGGAGGUAGAAGAUGAACUUGAGAAGCUUGAACUUCAGGUAUCGGACCGAGUGAAACUCCCCAAUGCCCCAACUACUUCGUUACAAAACGAUACAGAGCAACCGCAGGAAGCAGCGCCCGCAAGAGCUCGAGAGCCGAUUGCAGAGUAG